GUGCUGGAUGAGCUGGAGCAGCACCUGAGCAAUUCCCGCUAUUUUCGCUUCCUGUGGUUCCCGCACACCGAGAACGUCCAGGUCAUCUACCAGGACCCCACCGACCAGCCCCCGCGCUCCUCGUGGAGCUGGUUCUGGGAUUGCGCCGUGGGACAUCACCUGCUGCAGCUCCUGCUCUGGGUCAGCACCUUUUUCCCGGGCCUGGUGGUUUGGAUCAACCGCGUUUUCUUCCGGCUCCUGUUCAGCUCCCGCCAGGAGAGCGUCGGCCGCAGCCACCGCAUCCUCAACUACGAGUGCCGCUUCCGCCAGCACGUCCAGGACUGGGCCGUGCCCAUCGGUCGCGCUCGGGCGGCGCUGCUGGAGCUGCGGGCGGCGCUGGCGGCGGAGCCGGGCCUGGGCGCGCAUUUCCCGGUGGAGAUCCGCUUCUGCCGCCGCGACCGGAUCCCGCUCAGCCCCUGCUUCCAGCGCGACUCCUGCUACAUCAACGUCAUCAUGUACAGGCCGUACGGGCGGGAGGCGCCGCGGGGCCGCUAUUGGCAGCUCUACGAGGGGAUCAUGCGCAGGCACGGGGGGAGACCCCCACUGGGCAAAG